AUGAGGAUGGAACUAUUGGGAUGUCCGUCAGGUACUGACAAUCUUGUUCGUUUUCUUCUUAAUUAACAAACAACUUCCCACUUACUUUUACCACAGCGGUACACAAUUUACUCGCAUAGUCUUUCAACUGCAGGUCACUCCUCUUAUUAUUAGAAAGUCACAGGCCCAAACAAUUUCUUUUACAAUUAUGUAAUCAAUUUUAUGGAAUGACGCGUCGUGCCUUUAAACUAAGGAUCAUGCAUAGGAAAUACGUGGCCUAUCAAAAUCAAAAAAGAUCUAUUUUUAAACAAAUGAAAUUUUACAUACAACGCUUUAGCGACAAUGAGACUUUAAAACAACUUUGUUGCAUGUGGAACUUUUACAACAAUUUUUCCUACAUUGUGCUGUGAAUGAUACACCACAGAAAAAAGAAAAGUAGGCAUUCAAAUUGCAAUUCCUUAACGCAAUAAUCGUGCAAGAACAGUUGAACAUCAACUAGCACUAUAGUUGUCUAAGCAAAUGUAUUCUCUUUGUAUAGGAUGUUCCGACCCUCUCGGGAUGGAGAGCAGAAAAAUAACCGAUGGCCAGAUCACAGCUUCAACCGAAUAUAACGCUGUACACGGCGCCACCAAUGGCAGACUCAAUUUCAAGGCUGGAGGAGGUAAGACUGGCGCAUGGUCCGCCCGCACCAAUGACGUUAAUCAGUGGCUACAAGUGGAUCUUGGAGCUAAAACCGAGGUGACAGGAAUACAGAUCCAGGGACGACAAGACGCGGAUCAAUGGGUUACGAGCUUUACUAUCUCCUACAGCAGCGACGGAACCACCUAUACAUUUUAUCAGAACAGCAAGGUAUGGAAAAAAAUGAAAAUCGUUGCAAAACAAACUCAAGCAAUUAACUAAUUCAAUCUCGACUCGGUAACAUGAAAUUCUCUCAAAACCUCAGGCCCAAAUUAAAAACUUAGCAACACUGUUGUUACCCUCCACAAGUAACUAACUAGUUUAACCUUAACACUUCUGGAUCAUUUACCUGCUCCAGGUCUUUAAUGGAAACACGGACCGCAACACCGUGGUUUUGAACGUUUUGCACCCUUCCAUAAAUGCACGCUACAUUCGGGUGCAUCCUAAGACGUGGCAUGGCCAUAUUUCUAUGAGGAUGGAACUAUUGGGAUGUCCGUCAGGUACUGACAAUCUUGUUCGUUUUCUUCUUAAUUAACAAACAACUUCCCACUUACUUUUACCACAGCGGUACACAAUUUACUCGCAUAGUCUUUCAACUGCAGGUCACUCCUCUUAUUAUUAGAAAGUCACAGGCCCAAACAAUUUCUUUUACAAUUAUGUAAUCAAUUUUAUGGAAUGACGCGUCGUGCCUUUAAACUAAGGAUCAUGGAUAGGAAAUACGUGGCCUGUCAAAAUCAAAAAAGAUCUAUUUUUAAACAAAUGCAAUUUUACAUACAACGCUUUAGCGAAAAUGAGACUUUAAAACAACUUUGUUGCAUGUGGAACUUUUACAACAAUUUUUCCUACAUUGUUCUGUGAAUGAUACACCACAGAAAAGUGAAAGUAGGUAUUCAAAUUGCAAUUCCUUAACGCAAUAAUCGUGCAAGAACAGUUGAACAUCAACUAGCACUAUAGUUGUCUAAGCAAAUGUGUUCUCUUUGUAUAGGAUGUUCCGACCCUCUCGGGAUGGAGAGCAGAAAAAUAACCGAUGGCCAGAUCACAGCUUCAACCGAAUAUAACGCUGUACACGGCGCCACCAAUGGCAGACUCAAUUUCAAGGCUGGAGGAGGUAAGACUGGCGCAUGGUCCGCCCGCACCAAUGACGUUAAUCAGUGGCUACAAGUGGAUCUUGGAGCUAAAACCGAGGUGACAGGAAUACAGAUCCAGGGACGACAAGACGCGGAUCAAUGGGUUACGAGCUUUACUAUCUCCUACAGCAGCGACGGAACCACCUAUACAUUUUAUCAGAACAGCAAGGUAUGGAAAAAAUGAAAAUCGUUGCAAAACAAACUCAAGCAAUUAACUAAUUCAAUCUCGACUCGGUAAAAUGAAAUUCUCUCAAAACCUUAAGGUUACAUUAAAAACUAAGCAACACUGUUUGUUACUCUCCACAAGUAACUAACUAGUUUAACCUUAACACUUCUCGAUCAUUUACCUGCUCCAGGUCUUUAAUGGAAACACGGACCGCAACACCGUGGUUUUGAACGUUUUGCACCCUUCCAUAAAUGCACGCUACAUUCGGGUGCAUCCUAAGACGUGGCGUGGCCAUAUUUCUAUGAGGAUGGAACUAUUGGGAUGUCCGUCAGGUACUGACAAUCUUGUUCGUUUUCUUCUUAAUUAACAAACAACUUCCCACUUACUUUUACCACAGCGGUACACAAUUUACUCGCAUAGUCUUUCAACUGCAGGUCACUCCUCUUAUUAUUAGAAAGUCACAGGCCCAAACAAUUUCUUUUACAAUUAUGUAAUCAAUUUUAUGGAAUGACGCGUCGUGCCUUUAAACUAAGGAUCAUGCAUAGCAAAUACGUGGGCUGCCAAAAUCAAAAAGGAUCUAUUUUUAAACAAAUGCAAUUUUACAAACAACACUUUAGCGACAAUGACACUUUAAAACAACUUUGUUGCAUGUGGAACUUUUACAACAAUUUUUCCUACAUUGUGCUGUGAAUGAUACACCACAGAAAAGUGCAAGUAGGCAUCCAAAUUGCAAGUCCUUAACGCAAGAAUCGUGCAAAAAUAAUUGAACAUCAACUAGCACUAUAGUUGUCUAAGCAAAUGUAUUCUCUUUGUAUAGCAUGUUCCGACCCUCUUGGGAUGGAGAGCAGAAAAAUAACCGAUCGCCAGAUCACAGCUUCAACCGAAUAUAACGCUGUACACGGCGCCACCAAUGGCAGACUCAAUUUCAAGGCUGGAGGAGGUAAGACUGGCGCAUGGUCCGCCCGCACCAAUGACGUUAAUCAGUGGCUACAAGUGGAUCUUGGAGCUAAAACCGAGGUGACAGGAAUACAGAUCCAGGGACGACAAGACGCAGAUCAAUGGGUUACGAGCUUUACUAUCUCCUACAGCAGCGACGGAACCACCUAUACAUUUUAUCAGAACAGCAAGGUAUGGAAAAAAAUGAAAAUCGUUGCAAAACAAACUCAAGCAAUUAACUAAUUCAAUUUCGACUCGGUAAAAUGAAAUUCUCUCAAAACCUUAAGGUUACAUUAAAAACUAAGCAACACUGUUUGUUACUCUCCACAAGUAACUAACUAGUUUAACCUUAACACUUCUCGAUCAUUUACCUGCUCCAGGUCUUUAAUGGAAACACGGACCGCAACACCGUGGUUUUGAACGUUUUGCACCCUUCCAUAAAUGCACGCUACAUUCGGGUGCAUCCUAAGACGUGGCGUGGCCAUAUUUCUAUGAGGAUGGAACUAUUGGGAUGUCCGUCAGGUACUGACAAUCUUGUUCGUUUUCUUCUUAAUUAACAAACAACUUCCCACUUACUUUUACCACAGCGGUACACAAUUUACUCGCAUAGUCUUUCAACUGCAGGUCACUCCUCUUAUUAUUAGAAAGUCACAGGCUCAAACAAUUUCUUUUGCCAUUACGUAAUCAAUUUUAUGGAAUGACGCGUCGUGCCUUUAAACUAAGGAACAUGCAUAGCAAAUAUGUGGGCUGCCAAAAUCAAAACGGAUCUAUUUUUAACCAAAUGCAAUUUUACAAACAACGCUUUAGCGACAAUGAGACUUUAAAACAACUUUGUUGCAUGUGGAACUUUUACAACAACUUUUCCUACAUUGUGCUGUGAAUGAUACACCACAGGAAAGAGCAAGUAGGCAUCCAAAUUGCAAGUCCUUAACGCAAUAAUCGUGCAAAAACAGUUGAACAUCAACUAGCACUAUAGUUGUCGAAGCAAAUGUAUCCUCUUUGUAUAGCAUGUUCCGACCCUCUCGGGAUGGAGAGCAGAAAAAUAACCGAUGGCCAGAUCACAGCUUCAACCGAAUAUAACGCUGUACACGGCGCCACCAAUGGCAGACUCAAUUUCAAGGCCGGAGGAGGUAAGACUGGCGCAUGGUCCGCCCGCACCAAUGACGUUAAUCAGUGGCUACAAGUGGAUCUUGGAGCUAAAACCGAGGUGACAGGAAUACAGAUCCAGGGACGACAAGACGCGGAUCAAUGGGUUACGAGCUUUACUAUCUCCUACAGCAGCGACGGAACCACCUAUACAUUUUAUCAGAACAGCAAGGUAUGGAAAAAAAUGAAAAUCGUUGCAAAACAAACUCAAGCAAUUAACUAAUUCAAUCUCGACUCGGUAACAUGAAAUUCUCUCAAAACCUCAGGCCCAAAUUAAAAACUUAGCAACACUGUUGUUACCCUCCACAUGUAACUAACUAGUUUAACCUUAACACUUCUGGAUCAUUUACCUGCUCCAGGUCUUUAAUGGAAACACGGACCGCAACACCGUGGUUUUGAACGUUUUGCACCCGUCCAUAAAUGCACGCUACAUUCGGGUGCAUCCUAAGACGUGGCGUGGCCAUAUUUCUAUGAGGAUGGAACUAUUGGGAUGUCCGUCAGGUACUGACAAUCUUUUUCGUUUUCUUCUUAAUUAACAAACAACUUCCCACUUACUUUUACCACAGCGGUACACAAUUUACUCGCAUAGUCUUUCAACUGCAGGUCACUCCUCUUAUUAUUAGAAAGUCACAGGCCCAAACAAUUUCUUUUACAAUUAUGUAAUCAAUUUUAUGGAAUGACGCGUCGUGCCUUUAAACUAAGGAUCAUGCAUAGGAAAUACGUGGCCUGUCAAAAUCAAAAAAGAUCUAUUUUUAAACAAAUGCAAUUUUACAUACAACGCUUUAGCGACAAUGAGACUUUAAAACAACUUUGUUGCAUGUGGAACUUUUACAACAAUUUUUCCUACAUUGUGCUGUGAAUGAUACACCACAGAAAAGUGAAAGUAGGCAUUCAAAUUGCAAUUCCUUAACGCAAUAAUCGUGCAAGAACAGUUGAACAUCAACUAGCACUAUAGUUGUCUAAGCAAAUGUAUUCUCUUUGUAUAGGAUGUUCCGACCCUCUCGGGAUGGAGAGCAGAAAAAUAACCGAUCGCCAGAUCACAGCUUCAACCGAAUAUAACGCUGUACACGGCGCCACCAAUGGCAGACUCAAUUUCAAGGCUGGAGGAGGUAAGACUGGCGCAUGGUCCGCCCGCACCAAUGACGUUAAUCAGUGGCUACAAGUGGAUCUUGGAGCUAAAACCGAGGUGACAGGAAUACAGAUCCAGGGACGACAAGACGCGGAUCAAUGGGUUACGAGCUUUACUAUCUCCUACAGCAGCGACGGAACCACCUAUACAUUUUAUCAGAACAGCAAGGUAUGGAAAAAAAUGAAAAUCGUUGCAAAACAAACUCAAGCAAUUAACUAAUUCAAUCUCGACUCGGUAAAAUGAAAUUCUCUCAAAACCUUAAGGUUACAUUAAAAACUAAGCAACACUGUUUGUUACUCUCCACAAGUAACUAACUAGUUUAACCUUAACACUUCUCGAUCAUUUACCUGCUCCAGGUCUUUAAUGGAAACACGGACCGCAACACCGUGGUUUUGAACGUUUUGCACCCUUCCAUAAAUGCACGCUACAUUCGGGUGCAUCCUAAGACGUGGCGUGGCCAUAUUUCUAUGAGGAUGGAACUAUUGGGAUGUCCGUCAGGUACUGACAAUCUUGUUCGUUUUCUUCUUAAUUAACAAACAACUUCCCACUUACUUUUACCACAGCGGUACACAAUUUACUCGCAUAGUCUUUCAACUGCAGGUCACUCCUCUUAUUAUUAGAAAGUCACAGGCCCAAACAAUUUCUUUUACAAUUAUGUAAUCAAUUUUAUGGAAUGACGCGUCGUGCCUUUAAACUAAGGAUCAUGCAUAACAAAUACGUGGGCUGCCAAAAUCAAAAAGGAUCUAUUUCUAAACAAAUGGAAUUUUACAAACAACGCUUUAGCGACAAUGACACUUUAAAACAACUUUGUUGCAUGUGGAACUUUUACAACAAUUUUUCCUACAUUGUGCUGUGAAUGAUACACCACAGAAAAGUGCAAGUAGGCAUCCAAAUUGCAAGUCCUUAACGCAAUAAUCGUGCAAAAAUAAUUGAACAUCAGCUAGCACUAUAGUUGUCUAAGCAAAUGUGUUCUCUUUGUAUAGCAUGUUCCGACCCUCUUGGGAUGGAGAGCAGAAAAAUAACCGAUGGCCAGAUCACAGCUUCAACCGAAUAUAACGCUGUACACGGCGCCACCAAUGGCAGACUCAAUUUCAAGGCUGGAGGAGGUAAGACUGGCGCAUGGUCCGCCCGCACCAAUGACGUUAAUCAGUGGCUACAAGUGGAUCUUGGAGCUAAAACCGAGGUGACAGGAAUACAGAUCCAGGGACGACAAGACGCACAUCAAUGGGUUACGAGCUUUACUAUCUCCUACAGCAGCGACGGAACCACCUAUACAUUUUAUCAGAACAGCAAGGUAUGGAAAAAAAUGAAAAUCGUUGCAAAACAAACUCAAGCAAUUAACUAAUUCAAUCUCGACUCGGUAAAAUGAAAUUCUCUCAAAACCUUAAGGUUACAUUAAAAACUAAGCAACACUGUUUGUUACUCUCCACAAGUAACUAACUAGUUUAACCUUAACACUUCUCGAUCAUUUACCUGCUCCAGGUCUUUAAUGGAAACACGGACCGCAACACCGUGGUUUUGAACGUUUUGCACCCUUCCAUAAAUGCACGCUACAUUCGGGUGCAUCCUAAGACGUGGCGUGGCCAUAUUUCUAUGAGGAUGGAACUAUUGGGAUGUCCGUCAGGUACUGACAAUCUUGUUCGUUUUCUUCUUAAUUAACAAACAACUUCCCACUUACUUUUACCACAGCGGUACACAAUUUACUCGCAUAGUCUUUCAACUGCAGGUCACUCCUCUUAUUAUUAGAAAGUCACAGGCCCAAACAAUUUCUUUUACAAUUAUGUAAUCAAUUUUAUGGAAUGACGCGUCGUGCCUUUAAACUAAGGAUCAUGCAUAGCAAAUACGUGGGCUGCCAAAAUCAAAACGGAUCUAUUUUUAACCAAAUGCAAUUUUACAAACAACGCUUUAGCGACAAUGACACUUUAAAACAACUUUGUUGCAUGUGGAACUUUUACAACAAUUUUUCCUACAUUGUGCUGUGAAUGAUACACCACAGAAAAGUGCAAGUAGGCAUCCAAAUUGCAAGUCCUUAACGCAAUAAUCGUGCAAAAAUAAUUGAACAUCAACUAGCACUAUAGUUGUCUAAGCAAAUGUAUCCUCUUUGUAUAGCGUGUUCCGACCCUCUCGGGAUGGAGAGCAGAAAAAUAACCGAUGGCCAGAUCACAGCUUCAACCGAAUAUAACGCUGUACACGGCGCCACCAAUGGCAGACUCAAUUUCAAGGCUGGAGGAGGUAAGACUGGCGCAUGGUCCGCCCGCACAAAUGACGUUAAUCAGUGGCUACAAGUGGAUCUUGGAGCUAAAACCGAGGUGACAGGAAUACAGAUCCAGGGACGACAAGACGCAGAUCAAUGGGUUACGAGCUUUACUAUCUCCUACAGCAGCGACGGAACCACCUAUACAUUUUAUCAGAACAGCAAGGUAUGGAAAAAAAUGAAAAUCGUUGCAAAACAAACUCAAGCAAUUAACUAAUUCAAUUUCGACUCGGUAAAAUGAAAUUCUCUCAAAACCUUAAGGUUACAUUAAAAACUAAGCAACACUGUUUGUUACUCUCCACAAGUAACUAACUAGUUUAACCUUAACACUUCUCGAUCAUUUACCUGCUCCAGGUCUUUAAUGGAAACACGGACCGCAACACCGUGGUUUUGAACGUUUUGCACCCUUCCAUAAAUGCACGCUACAUUCGGGUGCAUCCUAAGACGUGGCGUGGCCAUAUUUCUAUGAGGAUGGAACUAUUGGGAUGUCCGUCAGGUACUGACAAUCUUGUUCGUUUUCUUCUUAAUUAACAAACAACUUCCCACUUACUUUUACCACAGCGGUACACAAUUUACUCGCAUAGUCUUUCAACUGCAGGUCACUCCUCUUAUUAUUAGAAAGUCACAGGCUCAAACAAUUUCUUUUGCAAUUAUGUAAUCAAUUUUAUGGAAUGACGCGUCGUGCCUUUAAACUAAGGAUCAUGCAUAGGAAAUACGUGGCCUGUCAAAAUCAAAAAAGAUCUAUUUUUAAACAAAUGCAAUUUUACAUACAACGCUUUAGCGACAAUGAGACUUUAAAACAACUUUGUUGCAUGUGGAACUUUUACAACAAUUUUUCCUACAUUGUUCUGUGAAUGAUACACCACAGAAAAGUGAAAGUAGGCAUUCAAAUUGCAAUUCCUUAACGCAAUAAUCGUACAAGAACAGUUGAACAUCAACUAGCACUAUAGUUGUCUAAGCAAAUGUAUUCUCUUUGUAUAGGAUGUUCCGACCCUCUCGGGAUGGAGAGCAGAAAAAUAACCGAUCGCCAGAUCACAGCUUCAACCGAAUAUAACGCUGUACACGGCGCCACCAAUGGCAGACUCAAUUUCAAGGCUGGAGGAGGUAAGACUGGCGCAUGGUCCGCCCGCACCAAUGACGUUAAUCAGUGGCUACAAGUGGAUCUUGGAGCUAAAACCGAGGUGACAGGAAUACAGAUCCAGGGACGACAAGACGCGGAUCAAUGGGUUACGAGCUUUACUAUCUCCUACAGCAGCGACGGAACCACCUAUACAUUUUAUCAGAACAGCAAGGUAUGGAAAAAAAUGAAAAUCGUUGCAAAACAAACUCAAGCAAUUAACUAAUUCAAUCUCGACUCGGUAAAAUGAAAUUCUCUCAAAACCUUAAGGUUACAUUAAAAACUAAGCAACACUGUUUGUUACUCUCCACAAGUAACUAACUAGUUUAACCUUAACACUUCUCGAUCAUUUACCUGCUCCAGGUCUUUAAUGGAAACACGGACCGCAACACCGUGGUUUUGAACGUUUUGCACCCUUCCAUAAAUGCACGCUACAUUCGGGUGCAUCCUAAGACGUGGCGUGGCCAUAUUUCUAUGAGGAUGGAACUAUUGGGAUGUCCGUCAGGUACUGACAAUCUUGUUCGUUUUCUUCUUAAUUAACAAACAACUUCCACUUACUUUUACCACAGCGGUACACAAUUUCCUCGCAUUGUUUUUCAACUGCAGGUCACUCGUCCUAUUAUUUCAUAAUCACAGGUCCAACUAAUCUGUUUCACAAUUAUGUAAUCAAUUUUAUUGAAUAGCGCGUUGUGCCUUUAAACUUGUCAUACUUAGGAAAUCAUGGGCUUCGAAAAUCAAAAAGGAUCAAACGUUGAAACAGAUGCAAUUUAACAAACUAGUGUUAUAGGAUUAAGGGAGACCUAGGGCAAAUGGAAAGCGCUCUUACGACUUAGACUCAUUAAUUCGCAUAUUUGCAACUUGUAAUAACGUGAGUGUUCCCUUCUUUCCUUUUUGCAGCUUAAAAUUCGACGUCUUUAAUUUUUUAUCAUCAUCUGCAUGAGUAGUCGAUAGAAAAGUUAGAUUAAAAGAAAAAAACAUUGAAAAAAUAAAGAAAUUCCUAGGGUCCAAAAGUGUAACGUUUUCGAAUUAGACUUAAGACAACGUUUUUUUGUAAUUAUUCGUUUAUCUCUCGGUCAACAACGAAAGCUAAUCGCACAGCACUGAAGCUAAGAUAAAGCAGAAAAACAGCACAUACUAAAGGGAACCAGAGCAGAGGGAAAAGCCCAAAAUUAGAUAAAUUAAGCUUCAAAGUAUGAAAAUAUAAGGGAGUAAAUCUAGAUAUUACUGUAUAUACAAGAAGACACUAAGGACGAUGAAGGAUGAGGAAUCAAAACAUCACAGUCGAUGACAGUUUAUAUAGGUCAAACUGCUUAAUGAAGAGAAGUUGUGUUUGGUAUUGGAAUUACAAGCUUUUGAGUUUUGAAUUUGUUUGAUGUUUAAAUGUCAAAAGAGACUGCCUUGAACUGUAAUCCGGGAUUUUUUAUCCUAAUAAAAGAAGAACCACUGACUUUAUUUGACCAUCCACUUGUCAUUUAAGGAAUUAAUAACCUCUUCUAUUUUAUCUACUUCAAUGAAAAGUCGUAAACAGGACAUUUUUUGGGGGGGAGAACAAAUUAUUAGGGUACUGUACUAGUAUUACAGUUAUUAUACAACUACAUGAGAAAUUUCUGCAAUCUGAUUGGUUUAGACCAGUGGUAUUUCAGCUUAAUUUGAAAUACCUACAUGUGAAAAUUACAAACCUUUUGCGGGUAGUAGUAUAAACAAACAAGAAUCGCCGAAAGGCGAUUUUUAACUGGGCUGCAAAAGGGGCUAUUUUUUCUCAAGGGAGAGGGCGGCUAUACACACUCAGGCUACCAUAAAACCUUGUCGGCAACCAUUGCAUGCGACAGAACCUCAAGUGAGACUGAAACAUAAACUCAUUCAAAACAUUGUACCUUUUUCAGAAGACUUGCGUAACCCAAAAAAAAGAGUACCAUUUUUAAGUGGGGGCUGUAUAAUAACUUUUAAAUUCCACCAUUAUGAAGAAAAAUAAACAAGUUAGCCAUUAAUUCUAAGCAGGAAACAAUUUGCAUUUUUUCCACGUACCCCUCCCCCAAUCCCUCUGUGCCCCAAAAUAUAGCGUGACAGUAUAACGUGACCAAUUUGACGUAACUGGAAAUUCCAAAAAUUGUUGUCGUUCUACGAGCAUAAAAUGCGACAGACUGAGCUGAUUUACACUAGACAGAAAUAUUGUAUUGUAUGAAAACCAGAAGUAUACUAAAACAGACAGUUAACUGCCCAUUGAUCCCGCCUGAUCCAACUGGGCCCAACUGACUGCACGGAGACUUUACUGCGCUUUUCACAAACAUACGAACUCUAAAGUUCAAAAACCACCUUCACAAUUGUGUUUAUCGCUGCCGUCAAUCAUAAUUACGAUCACAAGCAACGAACCUUGAAACAGAGAAACACACAAAACGGAUCGAAAUCCACAAAUCACAAACCAUGACCUUUUGAACCCGUGAAGUAAAGUUUUGUUUCCUAAGAGGUCCGUUAAGAUGAUUGACAGCAGCGAAAAACGCAAUCGUCGGUUGGCUUCUGAACUUCAGAAUUCGCAUGUUUGUGAAAAGUGCGAUAGUUGCGAUCCUAAUUUGCGGUCCACAGUCUACAAGAAAACGCACUAUUUUUUCCACAAGAUGAAAAACAUUCAGUUUUAAGAUUUUCCUCAUGGUAUUUUUCUCUAACUUAAAGGAAUAAAAUCCUUUGCAUUUUGAGACCUAAAAAAGUUUAAAGAUUUCUCGCUCGCAUGUUGCGUUCACCAGCACGCACUUCAAACAAUGUAAAUUGAUCAAACGAUCGAUAACAUUUUUUACCCGAUACCGAUGCGAGUUAAAAAUUCGCUCCAGUUCUGUUUGUCUCACCCAAGACGAACUUUUCUUCAUGGAAGAUAAUAAACUAUGCCGCUUUAUAACUCGUCCGAAGUUUUUGUUCCAGCUAAACAAUAUGGAAACACUAUUCACAGUCACUCCUUGGAUAUUAAAAAGACUGAACGUGACGCACUAUUAUGCCUUUGUUUACUUCUGAUCACAUCUUCAAGCGAAGUCUCUCUUUUCAAGCGAUUCAUCUCAAUGCACAAUAAUUGACCCUUAUAUUAGUUAAAACCCUAUGGUUCAUUUAUAUUAAUGCUGUUUUUGCCCCUCACAUUGACUGUGUUCGUUCGUAUUCAAAACACCUUUACGAAAAUAAAGGUCGUAUAAGUCUUGUGUGUUAUGUUUCGAGAUAAAUGGAUUAUACGCUUUUUUAAGUUUCCAUUUUGCGGUGACUUCAGUUUACAUCUCCAUAAAAUGGUAAAAGAAAUAUCAAGAAACAUCACCAGAGCUGAAAACUUUCAAAGGCAUGUUUCUGAAACUCGCUAAUGCUGACAUCAAUUUCGCGUGCUUGCUGAAUGGGCGAAAACACAGAAUUGUGAUCACAAGAUCAUGUACAAAAUUUAAUGAUAAAAGCUUAGCAAGAUACAAAUACAAACAAAAGCAAACCCCCUGAAACCUCGACGUGGGCUACACUUGUAUGCUCUACUCAGUCACCAAACCUUGUCAGUAAUAGCUCCUAUUUUCCUCAAGUCGCUCUCUGUGAAGCUCCUGAAUGGGAUGUCCCGGUGAAGCUUUAAACUUGUGUGCGAAAUUCUCAGAGUCCCUAUUUUUGUCCGUGUCUUCUUUAUCCUCAGUAUCCGAAAUUUAGACCUCCAAAGUGGCGUGUGUUGCAUUAAAUAGAAGAAAAUAUUUAAAGGAAAAGCCAGUCUUCUAACAUGGCACAGUUGUCACGUCCCUCGCUCAUGGACGUGCGUAGUGCCAUUCAUCGCUUCACUGACUACGAAGGCUUACAAUCAAGUCUUCAGCCAUAGUGUCGUCAACUGGUGAAAUACCUUGCUCAUAAAUUGUGCUUCUUAAUUGCUCAUGUACUACAUCGAUCGGUAAUUCUCUCUUUGAGUUCACGAAGCGGCCACGGCGUUCCAAACCUGACGCCCACAGUCAUCUUUUAGUGUGAACCUACCGUGAACGGCGUGUCGGUUUGAAUGCAACGCGAGCAUUUCUCUGAGUUUCCCAGCGCCAACAUCAUCUAACUGACUUAAACUCGAACAAUACAAAAAUUAUAGAGUGACUCCCAUGAUCGAAUCGCUUCGAACAACGCAAGUAGCCUUCUUCAGGUUCGCAACGCUUUGUGGGUUUUUCAGGGGGAGCGCAGACGAGGUACAAAAAGUAUCCGUGCAAGGGUUCGUGCAAGAGAAAAUCAUAUGAAACCAUUUGUGAGAACAUCGUUUCUCGGUACCAGACCCUCGUGUCUUCCCUCCCCCGGGAGGCCGUUUUUCGCCGCGGACGACCGAAAGCCCAUUUUAUGACUGGGCGCACAGGCAGCCCAGUAAUAAUAGCAUGAUUUCUACGUGAUAUUUGGCAUAAAUAUACCACUCGUGAUAUUUCAAAAUUGUCUCAAAUUUCACUCGCCUAAGGGCUCGCGAAAUUACAUAUAACAAUUUCGAAAUAUCACCUGAGGUAUUUAUGCCAAAUAUCACAACAAAUCAUGCUAUUACCUAUACAAACCCGCAUAUAAGAACCUGGAAUUCUUGAGGUCAGGCCGAACAGGUUCCUAUAUUUAGGGUAGUUUUUCACAGUUCAGGCUGAUUAGCUUCUAAUAGGUUCUUAUUUUUAAGAGGUUGUCGUAAUGUAACCAUUGGCAGACAUAUGUAGAUAUUUUAGAUUUUAAAUCGUCGAUAUUUGGAAAACAUAUUUCUACUGAAAAUCAAAUAACUUUUUGUCAGAAGUUUCUCACGCAAUUAAAAUCCAGAAUUUUGACCAUCAAACUUGGAGUUAUUUUUUUGUAUGAGAACCUAUUUUUCUUUGCCAGGCUGAACAGGUUCUUAUAGUUUUGGGUAUUUAAAUGCCAAAUUUCAGCCUGUAAGUUCUUAAAUCACUAGGCCCUUAUAUGUGGGUUUUUACUGUAUUUAAGACAUCCCUAAAAUGUAAUCCCGAGUUUCAACUCUGGAUCGGGUGCACAACGUAAACAGCUAUAAACUUUUUUGCUUCACAACACCAAGUUGGAUUUUAUUAAACUAGAGAUCCUCUCAAAGCUCAGGUCAAGGGCUAGCAUUAGGAAUAACGCGAAAAGAAGCCAAGAGAGAGAGAGAAAAAAAAAUUUCGUUUACACCUCCAACCCGGAACCUUUGCUUGAUAGACGCGCUUUUUUCUUCCCAUUCUUCGCUAGUUCGGAGUUAAGACAGGUGGGAUGGGGAAGGAAGGGGCUUGAUUUAGACCGUUUACAUUACUCCUAACAUCGCUAAUUUACAUAUCUUUGUCGAAGAAGGAAGAGCUAUAAAUACAAACAAAAGCCAGCAAUUGUUCUGUGACUGCGGUGAGUUUUAAGAAACAGAUGAAAUCAGUUGUUAACAACCGUUAAGUAUGGUCGUUAUGCUAAGAACGUAUUUGACUCGCUUGCAAAACGGCUUGCAAAGUUUUAAUUUAUUGUAACGUUUAUUGCAUAGCGAAUGUCCAGCUCUUUAAAAUGGACUAUAGAAUCUUGCAUUACUUAUGAAAGUAAAUCACGUAACGUUUUAAUUUGUAAAAGAAGGAAACAAUUUUGAGUCCACGCUUAAAUCUGGCGGGUCCUUUCAGUUUUGGGACCGCGACUUUUCCCCCACUACCUUUGAGGCCUCACCUAUUGUUCGGUCACGCGCUAUCCACCGGUUACACCUGUUACGCAGGCUAAUGCAUGGGAAAAUCUGCGGAGCAAGUUAAGACUGGUUCUAGUCUUCUUAUUUUAUGCGGGUAACUAGACCUAGACUUGAACUGGUCAAUUACCAUAAUGGGAAAAGCAACAUUAACGUACAAUAAAAUUUCAAUUAACAUCGCAUAAAAUAUUGCAUCAGGGGUAUGUAUGACCUCUCAUUGCCAUUUUUUUCGUUUUCUCUUGCAACAGUUUUAGAAUGGGACAUUGACCUAAUCUUACUAUCGUAGAUGCAUAAAAAAGUAAACGUUUAACAUGAAUCUACAAAAAGAGAGUGGGGUGGGAAUGUUUUUGACUAUGGAAUAGGGAGUCACAACUAAAACACGGUGAACGGCAAAUUACACAAUUUUUGACAUACAUGUAGAUCAUUAUCAUUUUGAAAAGUGCAUGGUGGCAAAUUUCUUUCUGCUGUGUUUAUUAAGGUCAGUAUUGGUGAAUUUUGAUAGUUGUUUUAAUUGCCACCACAAGAAAAUAGUUGUUACCCUGGCCCCUUUAAAGCUGAUUAUUAUCCAUGCUUUAAGAAAUCGUAAAGGGGCAAAGCGAUGGUCACUCGCUGUCUAUAUCAAGGAAAGCAUUUCCUCGGAUUAUUGUCUAACUUUGCUGGUUCUUUUAUAUUAAAAAAAGACAUCCACUCACUAUUUGGGUAAAUUUUUAAAUGUAUCCUACAGCCUGAGUGAUCCCAAAACUGACAAAGGAAUAUUAUAUUUAUCUACCCCUUUUUUUCUUUGAUUCUUAAAUUUUCCAGGAUUUUCAAAGGUCAGAACUGCCUAGCUACAUUGUAGAUUAGCUUCACAAAGGAGUUGAAGCAAGUUUACUUGCUUGAAUUUGCAAACGUUUCUUGUUUGGCAUAUUUUAGACAUUGACCGUCAGUACUGUUCAAGUUCAUGUUAAACAGACAUAGUUUAGUUUCUGCAAACUAAAUAACUAAAGAUAAUGACUUUCUAGAGAGGAUAGCAAGUAAAAGGAAAACUAGUGACCCUAACCCUUGCUAAUACAAUAAUAAUACAAUAACCCUUGUUAAUACAAUUAUAACAGUCUGUGACACCAGAACAUUCCUUUGUUUAUAACUACUUUCUUGAAAACACAGCCAUAACAACUUGGUUGUUGUGAGUUCCACAAUAGGGUAUUUAUUGCUGAAGGUCUUAUUACAAAGCUAUGGGUGGGGGAAAGCACAUUUUUUAACACUCAUGAUCAUCUAACACUGACAGAAGAUCACAUUCAUAAACACUUACAUGUGAAAAGUCAUUAAAAAUUCUGCCUUAAAUCAAGCCAUUUGUUUUUCUAAUUUAUUAUGCAAAGGUGCAUGUAAGUCUGAUCUUGAGGAUAGGAAGCAUGAGUCAUCAACAGUUCUCGAAUGUUGAAUGUUCACGCAGUUUUCAUUCAAAAAUAUUAUACAGUGCAAGCACUAUAAAGCAGCUGCCCUCAGGGAAGGGACAAGUGGCUGCUUUAAUAGAGGUCAGUGCCACCUGGUAAAGCCUUGAUUUCUCAUGACUACUCUUUAGUCAAGAAGGAGUUUGUAUCAAAAGUUAAUUGCACAAUUAAAUUUUGCAUUCACCCAGUUGAUUUGUAUUGGGGCUACACAGAGGUGUGCUUGUGACUCAGUUAUGACCUAUUGAUUUGACAUAACUCUGAUAAAUAAUUUAUGAAGUUAACAAGUCAGAACUUACAAUAUAACAAUCAUCUACUUGUGUCUUGUAUUUUUGCCAUCUUCUAAGGCAAUCAAUUUAGACCUCCAAAGUGGACCAUUGGAACCCUAUGUUUUUCCUACAUGGGGCAGUUUUUUAACCUCUAAAAAUCCAUAGGGUUGGAGGUUAGGGGUAUGCUUAGAUGUUCACGGAACAUUGAAAUCUUUGAAUACAGUCAAAACUCACAUAAGCUGCCACCUCAGGAAAUAUUCUCAAAAGUGGCUGCAGCUUAAAGUGUGUCGUUUACAAGAAUAGGCAGACAUAAACAACCAUGUGACAAACUUAUUGAGGGCAGUGGCUUUCAAGAGUUUAAAGCAAAGAGCUAGUGGUAUGUUGUAAAUUACGAAAACAUUUGUGCAAACUAAUGUUAAAUAACGUUAUGCAUUAUCCUCAUUUUGAUCAAGAUAAGUAAAUGUUUUUUUGUGUGUGUGUGUGUGUGUGUGGGUGGGGGCGGGGGGGGGGUUGGGGGUCCAAAGCUCCCAUCUCCUGUACUUCGCAUUCCCGGCUCCUGCCAAUUUUCUUGACUUUCUCCACUUCACACUUUUUUUAUUGGAAAAUAUUAAGCAUUGUUGCAUACUUUCCCCAUAUUUCUCCAACUUCCCACCCUACUGGAACUCCCACCUCCCUCUCUUUCCUCUCCCACCUCCCAUUCGCCUAUUUUCCAGUGCUGCUAACCCUCUAUGCUCCCCUGCUUUAUUCAAAUGUACAGCAAGAGGUAGCCUCAAAGAACUUGAAACGAUGGAAAAGACCAGCCAGUAAUUCACCAAAGUGGUCAAGGUCCCUUGCAAGAACCAUUUGUUACAGAGCUUAAGUGACAGUUCAAACGGGGUAACACUAUGCUAGUGAACCAAUAUAAAUGACUAGCUCCCAGCUGGCUUGCUAGCUCAAUCAAGACGGACCAUUAGAAAACUUGUGAGGGGGACGGGCGAGUACAAAAAAAUAUUCGCGCAAAGGAAAAUUAAAUGAAAAAAAAUUCUCGCACAGCAAUUAAUCCUAAAAAAUAUUCAUGCUAUACCCUGGGUACCAGAGGUUUUUCUCGCGUGCGGCGCGAAUUUUAGGCCGACACCGAAAAACCUCUGGUACCCAGGGUAAGUUAAUACUUGGAGCCUAAGCACUAUAGUUGGGUACGCCUUCGGGCACAUGAUGGUGUUGUGUUAAGACGGAAUCCACCAGGAAAUUGAGUAAUUUUAAUUUUCAGUGGACAAAAACCUCGUACCAGAAUAAUGUAAAGAAUAUUGAAUUCUUUUUUACAUUCUUCAAGGGCCAAAGAUGUAAUAAAUCAUCUGUAGUAACACCAAAGAAAAUUUCCCAUGGAAGUCCGAGAAAAUGAAUUUCAAAUUUCACAAGAAUUGUGAUUACACAGGUAAAAUUCUGAAAAUUUCAUGUGUAAGAUGUAAUUUUGUGAAAUUUGACAUUCAUUUUCUCGGGCUCCCAUAACAAAUUUUUUUUGGUGUUACUACAGAGGAUUUCUUACAUCUUUAGCCCUUGAAAAAUGUGAGAGAGAAUGUAAUAUGCUUUAAAUUAUUCUGGUACAAGGUUUUUGUCCACUGAAAAUUAUAAUUACUCAAUGUCUUGGUGGAUUCCGUCUUAACACUUUGUGCACCCUAUAUGUAACUGUGAACGUAUUUGUUCCAUUUCGCCAAGUCAGACAUCAUUAUGAAACGUGCGCAUAGCAGGAGGUUAUGAGUAUGUAAAGCAGUGCACUGCCUCAGAACUAACAGAACCCAUGUACAUAUAAGGCAACUUUGCCCACCUUACACCAAUGUGCGCGAAUUCUGAAUGCGUACUUAGAAAGGGUGUGUGCACAUUAGUGCCCAGCGCGUACCGUACUCGAGAAUAGUGCCCGCUGAACACCUAGUGUAUACAAAAAUGAAAAAGCAUUAGUCACAUAUACGACUGCUUGAAGAUAAUUGUCGAUCAUCUCUUGUCAGUUCAACAAUUCCCAUUAACGCAUAGAAUAAGGCGCUCGAGCAAUUUGAUCAAAUUUGGUUGAGUUAUAUUUAUCCAUGCAUAUCCCCAUAAAUCAGUUAUUUGUUUUCUAUACAGGAUGUUCCUACCCUCUGGGGAUGGAGAACAGAGACUUACCCGAUGCCCAGAUAACAGCUUCCAGUAAGUAUGACACCGCACACGGCCAGUCCAAUGGCAGACUCAAUUUCAAGGCUGGAGGAGGUAAGACUGGCGCAUGGUCUACCAAAACAAAUGACGUUCAUCAGUGGCUACAAGUAGAUCUUGGGCAAGAAAUGGAAGUGCAGGCGAUACAAAGUCAAGGAAGACAAGACCGUCAUCAGUCGGUCAAAAGCUAUACUGUAAUGACGGGAUUACCUUCACAGCGUAUGGCCAAAACAGGGUAUGUAGAGAACACAGUAAAAAGUGCCGUAAAACCUGCAAACGAAAUAGGUAUUUGUAUGGUUUAAGCAAAUUCAAAAGGCUUCAAACUGUACCAAUAUUAACCUUUCAGACCUAAAACAACCAACAUGCAAUCACAGAAGCCAUCUAACAGUGAUUCUCUCUCAGCCCAAAACAAAAAAAACUGAUUAACAUUUAAGGGUGGCCGGUUUCUUUUUAAGAGUGGAAAACAGAAGUCUUUUUUUUUAUCACGGAGUCAGCUUUGAAAAGCAAUCGGUUCGUAAGUCAACAGAAAGUGUAGCUCAUUUGCUGAUAAUGCAGUCGAUAACAAUAUUGAAAAAGAUGAUAAACAAUGUGCUUUUUACGUUAAAACAGUCCAGUUUUAUUCCAUUUAUGCAGGUCUUUCGGGCAAACAGAGAUCAAAACUCCGUGGUUUUAGGCCUGUUUUCACCAUCCAUCAAGGCAAGGUAUAUUCGUCUACAUCCUCAAACGUGGAAUGUCCAUAUUUCCAUGCGGAUUGAGCUCUUGGGUUGUCCAAUAGGUAAUAAUUAUUGUCUUUACAACCAAUAGUUGACUAAGGAUAUAAAUUGUUUUGCAUUGAAAUCUCCAGUGGAGCAUUGAAACAGUUGAGCUAAAGGCUACCUAUAAGGCAAGCGCAGCCAUAUCCUAAAAGCAAGUCAUAACCUACCUCGCGAGGGUUGAACGUAAGUAGGGGAGGAUGGAAAAGGGUAGGUGAACAAGUUACGACUGGGGUUGAAAGGUUUGAUCAUCGAAUCAGUAAAGGAGGCGUUUUUUUUUUCUUUCUUGUUCAUCGAUACUGGCGCAGCAAAGAAGAAAUUGCACAGCAACAGCGAUAUUAGGUUCAACGCUCGAUUGAGAACAGUUGUCUUCUAAAAUAAGCUUGCCGUGGAUGAUUCUAUGGAACAACGGACAUUAUAAAAGAUAUUAUUCUUGCAUGUUACGUCGACCCCUCUCGCUCUUGGUUCUGGUAUAAACCAUGUAAAACGGAAAGGCAAAAUGAAAUGCACAGAAUGCGGACUGGCGCUAAAAAGGGAAGGGAUAAAGGGAGAAAAGCGAAAGGGAAAAAGUAGAGGGAGCCUUUCCUUUCUUUCUCUCUCAAAUCUCCUCUUCUUUCCCUCCCUUUCCUCCCCUUUGAACGCCUGCCACGCAGGCCAGUUUCUCAGGGUUACAAAAGGUCAAAUACAUGACAAGAGAGAGAACCAAGCAUGGAAAGUCCGCAUGUGAAUGACCUCCGGUGAUGUGUAGCAAAAAUACAGGCAGUCUCUAAACAAAUUUUAUCACAUAUGCACAGUUUGCUCAAACCCUCUCGGGAUGGAGAACAAGAACAUACCCGAUGCACAGAUAACAGCGUCGUCCGAGUACAACAACAGAACACGUUCUUACUAUGGGAGACUGAACCUCGAGGCUGACGGAGGCAACGCUGGUGCAUGGUCUGCAAAAUAUAAUAACUACAAUCAGUGGCUACAAGUGGACCUUGGAGAAAAAACACAGGUGACAGGAAUUAAGACCCAGGGACAAGAACGCGACACCUGUCAGUGGGUGAAGAGCUAUACUAUCUCCUACAGUAACGACGGCAUCGCCUUCACAGCCUACAAGCAAAACGUGGUAUGUAGAGAAUAGAAAUUGACUUUUGCCCUAGAGCUGUCUGUAAUAGAGGUAACCACGAAAUACCGCGAAAAGGGCACCCCUGCCACACGAUGCGUCAAAAAAUGUAAUGAGAUAUAAUAUAAUUCCACAAUAUGUAGAGUACAGUUGAUAUUAAGAAACGUAUUGGUACACUAGUGUCAACCGUCCAUACAUCAUACGGUGAUUAACGUUUUAAACACUCUCAGCACGUGUUGUUUCAAACACUGCUGUUCUUGUUCGAAACAUGAGAUAUAUUAUAUGGGCAGUCACAGUUAAGAGAGAACAGUUUUCUCUGGAUCAUUUUAUACUUUAACAAAUAAAAAUCGAAUAGGCCAUUUCCGAGUGUUCCCCAAACCUCUGUUCACAGCGAGAUUAAGUGUGAAGCCAUUUAUAUGAAAAUAACGUUUUAUUAUCAUGCAAAUGAAACACGAAAGGGUUUGCAAACAGCCUCGUUUUGAAAGUGAGGGUUUUUGAAACUUGGAAAAUGGCGCAACUCUACACCAUCUGUAUCAAGCAAGAUCAUCAUAUCUGAAAUGGUCUCUUUCUGGAGAAUUAAAUAAAUAGUAUUCGGCUUUUAUUUCCAAACGUUGCCGCCGUUGGAUUCCAACGGUGCUUUCCUAAGCCGGGGGCCAAUGUAAAAGGUUUUGAGAGAAAAAUAAUGGUGUUUGGGAAAAGGGGUAACUGACGCUAGAUGGUUACUUACAGGGAGAUUGCCAAAAAAGUCGACGGUAUUUCAUUUCAGUCUUUGUAGUAGUCAAUACUGAACGCAUCUUAGUUCAGUUCAGCUGAUAAAUUUUGUAGUGUUUUAUGAUGAAGAGGAUUGAGUGACUAUAAUAAGGUUAUCUGUAAUAACAUAUAACCGUUAUCCUCUUUUCAAAACUGCAGGUCUUAAAGGGAAACAGUUACCAUGACACAGAGGUGUUGCACGUUUUUGUCCCACCCAUUCAAGCACGCUACAUCCGGGUACAUCCUAGAAAGUGGCACGAGCAUAUUUCCAUGAGAAUGGAACUCUUAGGUUGCCCAGGUAUUGGUUAGUUCUCUUUCGAAAAGAGCUUUAACAAGACCCAGGGACAAGAACGCGACACCUGUCAGUGGGUGAAGAGCUAUACUAUCUCCUACAGUAACGACGGCAUCGCCUUCACAGCCUACAAGCAAAACGUGGUAUGUAGAGAAUAGAAAUUGACUUUUGCCCUAGAGCUAUCUGUAAUAGAGGUAACCACGAAAUACCGCGAAAAGGGCACCCCUGCCACACGAUGCGUCAAAAAAUGUAAUGAGAUAUAAUAUAAUUCCACAAUAUGUAGAGUACAGUUGAUAUUAAGAAACGUAUUGGUACACUAGUGUCAACCGUCCAUACAUCAUAUCAACCUGACUAAACGGUGAUUAACGUUUUAAACACUCUCAGCACGUGUUUUCAAACACUACUGUUCUUGUGUUAAACAUUACAUACAUUAUAUGGGCAGUCACAGUUAAGAGAGAACAGUUUUCACUAGAACAUUUUAUACUUUAACAAAUAAAUUUCCGAGUGUUCCCCAAACCUCUGUUCAAAGCGAGAUUAAGUGUGAAGCCAUUUAUAUGAAAAUAACUUUCUAUUAUCAUGCAAAUGAAACACGAAAGUGUUUACAAUUAGCCUCGUUUUGAAAGUGAGGGUUUUUGAAACUUGGGAAAUGGCGCAACUCUACACCAUCUGCAUCAAGCAAGGUCAUCAUGUCUGAAUUAAGCAAAUAGUAUUCGGCUUUUAUUUCCAAACGUUGCCGUCCUUGGAUUCAAACAGUGCUUUCCGAAGCCGGGGGCCAAUGUAGAAGGUUUUGAGAGAAAAAUAAUGGUGUUUGGGAAAAGGAGUAACUGACGGUAGAUGGUUACUUACAGGGAGAUUGCCAAAAAAGUCGACGGUAUUUCAUUGAAGUCUUUGUAGUAGUCAAUACUGAACGCAUCUUAGUUCAGUUCAGCUGAUAAAUUUUGUAGUGUUUUAUGAUGAAGAGGAUUGAGUGACUAUAAUAAGGUUAUCUGUAAUAACAUAUAACCGUUAUCCUCUUUUCAAAACUGCAGGUCUUAAAGGGAAACAGUGACCAUGACACAGAGGUGUUGCACGUUUUUGUCCCACCCAUUCAAGCACGCUACAUCCGGGUAUAUCCUAGAAAGUGGCACGAGCAUAUUUCCAUGAGAAUGGAACUCUUAGGUUGCCCAGGUAUUGGUUAGUUCUCUUUCGAAAAGAGCUUUAACAAACAAGGCGUACUCCGCCUUUCUUACUGACUAGGCUGACUCAUUAUACACUAGAAAGGACACUGCACGCCUUUUCUCUAAGUAAUUUUAUUCAAAGAAAAUUGAUCAAAGAUUUUGUGAUGAAAACCGCUGCACACAGUGUGGUAACAAGGUCUAACAAUAACAGUCUAUGUAGAGAAUAUAUAAAAUAUAUAGAGCGUUUUCACAAGACGUCACGGCAGCCAUUUUGUUGUUCCAAAACAAUGAUACGGCGGCCAUAUUGCACUCUUAAACUGACAUAGAUACACUUAUUCAAUUUCAACUUUACGAACUGCUUAUCCACUUAUGCAGCCUUACCCGACUGCCAAAAUAAAAAUUCAACGCCUUAUACGAGCAAACUAUUCUCAUGAUCGAGCGCAAGCAUGAAAAAGAAUAAACUAACGUUACUGAGAAAGCUACCUUUCUAUUAUCCUUAAUUUGUUUUACAUAAAUAAAUAAGCGGAAACCUUUACUGUCUGUCAUCACCUUACGAUCAAAAUAUCGAUUCCGGGUCUAUAUUUGAUGCAAUACGAGGGGUAGCCUGAGUAUCAGGCGUUUCUGGGGAAAAGGGGAAAUCUCCUCUCCCCUAGCCCCUAGCCCCUUAGGAAGGCCUGAUACUCAGGCUAUACGAGGGGGAGAACAAAUAUCUAAUCAGUCAAAGUUUCUGUUGUUUACUGAUAAAUUCGGCCUAAAAGGUAUCCCUAAUCGCUCAACAACGUUUUGUAAUACGCCGUUUAGAACUUCUUUUCGUAUCACUUUUUUUGUUACUUUCAACGUCGAGUCGAAGACAGAAAGGGCAACUAGAUGACUCAGCAAUUAUAUUAUAGCAGUAGUUUCAUUGCUUGUUUAUCGCGUUUUUUAUUCUUUUCCAAUACUUUCAGUGACGCCGAAUCCAACAACCACAUCGCCUACAACGACUCUCCCUCCAACAACGACUCUUUCUCCACCAACGACUAUAUCUCCAACAACAGCCGGACUUCCACCAGGUAACAUUACCCAGGGGCGGAUCCAGGAUUUUUUUUAGGAGGGGGUGCACUUGUCUCUUACUCUACUUCAACACCAAUAAACCACAUAGCGUUUUUUUUUUUUUGCAGAAUACCAGUUGUAUUAGAAAACCGCAGGUCAUCUCGGGGGGGUGCGCACCCCCUGCACCCUCCCCCUAGAUCCGCCCCUGUUACCAGUAUUUCUUACUUACCGCUAUUUAGGCCUAUUUAGUUGCAAGCUUGUUUGCUAGGUUUUUGGGUGUCUACUAUUACUUGAACCUGAAUAUAAAAAGCCAGUGAGAAAGUAAAGAUGACAUUUACAUGUUUGCGCGCUGUCGUCUUCAUACUAUAAUGUAGUUACUUUCGAUAACAUGAGAAUAGAUUUGUAAGUUUACACCUGUUCGUGACUUCCGGCUACCCUUAGACUACGAGUAGUCCCCCAUGUUUCCUCAGGGAUAGUAGAGCGAGCGAAACGCGAGCGCGCGUGAAAAUCACCCCACGCGUUUCACGCGCGCUCGCGUUUUGCUCACUCUACUAUCCCUGAGGAAAAAUGGGGGACUGCUCGUAGUCUAGGCUAACCUUUUCGCGUUGCCGUCCUCAUUCUACAUGAAGUUGAUUUCGAUAACAUGAGAAUAGAAUUUGUAAGUUUACACAUGUUCGUGACUUCCGGCUAACCUUUUCGCGUUGCCGUCCUCAUUCUACAUGAAGUUGAUUUCGAUAACAUGAGAAUAGAGUUUACAAGUUUACACAUGUUCGUGACUUCCGGCUAACCUUUUUGCUUUGUCUUCCUCAUACUACAUGAAGUUGACUUCGAUAACAUGAGAAUAGAAUUUGUAAGUUUACACCUGUUCUUGACUUCCGGCUAACCUUUUUGCUUUGUCAUCCUCAUACUACAUGAAGUUGACUUCGAUAACAUGAGAAUAGAAUUUGUAAGUUUACACCUGUUCGUGACUUCCGGCUAACCUUUUUGCUUUGUCAUCCUCAUACUACAUGAAGUUGACUUCGAUAACAUGAGAAUAGAAUUUGUAAGUUUACACCUGUUCGUGACUUCCGGCUAACCUUUUUGCUUUGUCAUCCUCAUACUACAUGAAGUUGACUUCGAUAACAUGAGAAUAGAAUUUGUAAGUUUACACAUAUUCGUGACUUCCGGCUAACAUUUUCCAUGGCACUAUGGCCACGGUUAGCUGCAAACGUUCACUAGCUAUUGCAGAUUCUUCCAAGCUCAAUAGUUAAUACAGAGUCAACCUAAACAUAUUCUUGUUAAACAGACAUGGAUUUCUUAAAUUCAAUUUGAAAGCGCCUCCUUGUACGAAAGAAAAUCUUUACGAUCAUAUUUGUCUUAACUGAUAGAAAAACUAAUGUUUACUGAGGUGGUGGGCUGCAGGUCCAAUGCUCCGAGAUCGAAUCCUACUCGUGCUGACCUGGAAUUUUCAUUCCUUAAAAAUUGAAAAGAAAUAGACUUUCAUGAACAUUUGACGAGCAGAAAUUUCAAGAGACAGAGAAAUUUCAUGUUGGAAAGGGGAAAUGUCAUGUGAGAAGGAAAUGUCAGUUUGGAGUAUGGAGAUAUGAGGCAUUUACAUCAUCACUUCAAGGUGUCUAAUCUUGCUGAGUCAAAUGCUGACUUGGGGCCUGUUUAAUUAAGGAGGAAGGGUGACCCUAUAAAUGGCAUUUAUUCUGUGCAAAGUUUUACGAUAAAACUAAAAGAGGAUUCAAGGUCCUAGCGUUUUUAUAUCCUACUCGCAUGGUAAGCAGUAGAAAGUGGUGAAAUUGUGAUUACUCAAACAUCACGUCUGGACGAGGCCCGGGGGGGGGUACUUCCUUAUAAGGGCUUAAUGGGGACGCCUGAAACCACAUUGAUAAGGUAGAUGCAUAAAUAGAAAGUGACUAAGUUGGGAUCGCGAAAAUUACAUUUUCCAAAAAGUGACUAAGAGGGGUUCUAUAAUUGGCCCAAAAAUAGACUAUAAUAGGAUAGGGGCUCUGAGAGGCCAGGAAACAUAAACCCAAGUACCCCCCCGGGGGGGGGGGGGUACGUGCUUUCCAAAUCCAAUUGACGUAAGUGAUAUCGUUGAUUCCAAUCUAUACCAACCUAAUCCUUUUUAACAUUAUACCGUUAAGAACAAGGCAGCACGUAUAAAACGUCAUACGUUUCCUGUUACGGUAUAUAAAUUCCGCUUCUCAAGGAAUAGAAACAAAAUUAAAUGGAGACACGGUCCGGCAGUGAAAAUGAGUUUAACAAGACUGCUGUUUUUCCUUCCAUUUUUUUGCUCCUUUUCGUCGGCCAAACGUAAGUAAAAUGUAGUUCACUUCUGCAGUGUAUAAUUUUUGCAAUACAGAAGUUCAAAGCCAGAAUCAAUCUGACCUGCUGAAACCAGUUGCAGUAUGGUAAAAUGAUAGUUAAAGCUAUCGGCGUUCCAUUGCUAUACUGAUCUGUGGUUCACGAAGACCAAUUUUACAAAUCAUAAAAUAACAGUGCUAGGUUUUCUGGAAAAUCCUGCAAGCCAUGCAGUUAAUUCGCAAAUCGCGAGGUACUUUCUCCUAAAAGUGAAUGUAUAGUUUUUAUUGGGAUUCUUUAGUUUACUAAAGUCUUGUUUUCGGAGUUUGCUAUGCUGUUCCGGCAUUCCUGACCGAGUUCCAAUACUUGUAAGGCUGGUUCCUUGUUUCGAAACCUACAGGCGGAUUUGCAAAACUACCAUUUUUCACGAAUGAAAUCUGCACCGUUUUCCAAUUCAUCGAUUUUUGUUGCAUAAAAUUAUCCCAUCAGGGUCGUCCACCGCAAUUAUGCAUCAGUCAAUUCCACCUGCGCGCAGCCCCCGCCCCCGGCUACUGCGGGGAAUUUGCCCUCCUUGUCAGUCCCGGGGGUAUUUGCAACUUUUCGCACUGCCCGGGGGCUGGGCAUUUGCCAACCCCGGGGCAAUUCCCGAGCUUUUGACACGCACGCGGUUUCCUAUCAGAAUAUAACUACACAGAAGGUUUUACUGGAAAAAAGGCUGAUUGGCUCAUCUGUCAAGGACAGGAAUAAAUUGAAGAGGGCUGUAAAGGCAUGUUCUAGAUUUUACGCAUGCAUUUCUUCAUUGCUUAUCAAGCCAGAAUUACAUAGCGAAAUUGGAGCUAUCGAUGUGAAUCAACGUUUUGGGGGUAUUGAAUCAAAUUUCUGUUUAUAUUAUUUGAAGAACAUCCCUUCAUAUUUAUAAAACUAUUCAUAACAUAUCACUUUACAGCGCUCCGUGAAUUUUAAUGACAAUAAUUUUAUACUAAACCAUAAAUUGGUGCAUGUCGUCGCGGCGUGAAGUCUUAAUUAGAAUCCUGGCGCUAUUACAAGGGAAGACGUUAAUUGAAACCGCACAUUGAAAAUCGCACAUGAAAAUGCUUAAAAAGGCACUAUUCGACUGUGCGAUCAAUGAAAAAUGUUGCAGUGUUGACGCAGGACGGGGCAUUUGCCCUCUUUUUUCGUCCCCACCCCGGGGGAUUUUACAGCUCAAGAGUCCCCAUCCCCGGGAAUUUGUCAUCCAAGGCAAAAUAAAUGCUAAUGCCCGGGGGUCAGUCUGGGAAGGGGGGGCUAAGCACAGGUGGAAUUGACUGAUGCAUUAUUCACGUGAAAACUUCUCGGCAAAAAACAAACAAAAUAUGGCCACGCGGAUAGGAAAACUAAUCACACCGAUGGUAGAUGGUCGCCAACAAGAGGUCGUCGCAUUCGCAGGUUUGAUGUUAACACUUUAGGUCCCAAGAGUGACCAACAUCAAUAUUCUCCUAACAACACCAGCAGAUCAUCAAGAAUCAAGAGUAAAGGUUAUGAGAAUUAAUAAAUUGAUUACCAAAGGGAGAACGCUUUGAUCUUAAACCAAAUUCUCUCGACUAUUUCUAAAGAAAUGUACGGAGAUCAGCCUGGAAAAUUUUUGUACGUGGACCUUGGGGCUUAAAGGAUUAAGAAACUCACGAGCCUCGAUAUAACCAAGGGCUAAGGCACCGGCCAAAUUUGUCGCUAUAAUAAGGUAUCGUUGUCAACGCUGUCGUUCUUUUUUACAGGAGCGUAAAGUAUAUACCUCUUAUUAGCCGAGUUUUCGGUCCGCACUGUAAAUUACGGACCGAGUUUUUUCCAUCGAUUUAUGGCCCGCGUGCUUCGCGCUUGGGCCAUAAAUCGAUGGAAAAAACGAAGCUUUUCAAGGUAAGUUUGUUGUCAUUGUCGAAGAUUCGUUCGUUAAUUUUUUUGGGAAAACGUCUCGAAUUACUGCCAGUUCAGCCUUGUCUUCAAGGGGUUCAAGCGAGAUCAGCGUUAAAAUUUUCAAACACGGACCAUCUUUUCUUCCACGGAAAGGUUACGAUUCAGUUUCUGCAUCAGCUUCGUUCGCGUUCAAACAAAGCUAGGUUAAAAUCUGGAAAGGCAAAAUCAACAUCCCAGUCCUCAGGGUUUACAGACAUAGUUUAAGUAUAUUCGGUCAAAACUAAGAGCACUGUAAAAUUAAAAUUCACUUGCCAAUGUGACGCUGGAGUCUUUUGAAAACUGGACAUUGUGUCUGGCUCGCAGUCGCUUCUAUCUUUCUUUCGUUGGUCUUUGGAAAAACACUGCAAAUGACAAAGAAGCUCGUCAAGAUGAUCGGGUGCAGGCAUGUUUGUUAUCAUAUUUGUCGAAGAAAUUACUCAUUUUCUCUUAGGCAAACUUUGCAAAUUCUGGCAGAGAUUCGAGAUGUGACAUCUCGAACCUCUGCCAGUCGAUUUUCGUCUUCUUAACUGUGUACUACGAUAAAAUUUUCAAACACUGACUAGAAUCCUCUUCGAUCAUCGCCUUCGUGCACAAAUAAACACACGGUUUAAAAUGUUGAGGGACAAAGUCAAAAUCUAAGCCCUCAAGGUUGAUAGACGUCUUGUAACUUAAUUUCAACGUUUUUUUUCCAAGGUAAAGAGAUUUAGAGCUCCGAAAUGAGCAUUGUCUUUGAAAUUUUGGUCCGUAUAGCAAGUUACGGACCGCAAAUUGAAAAACUGCACAGUGAAAACAGACUCAGCCAUAUAAUAACGUUCGUUACACCGAUCGACGACUUCGUCACAAGCAGUUUUUGUCACCAUCGAGGUUCCAUAUUCAUCUGGCCCAGCUAGCCUGUUUUAGGCUCCGAGAUAGUCGAGUCCGCGAUAUUGAGAAAAACACCUCAGAUCACGCACUCGUUCUUUUUUUUUUUUUUCUUUUUUCCAUGCCUAUUACCUAUGUGAGAGCCUGGAACAGGCUAUGGCCAAGACUGAAAGCGGAACUAUUUUUUAAACAAUAAACUUUAAACAACUGCACGCAGAGAAAAGUAAAAAAAAGUAUACUCUCAUUACAAUAAUUAUCACUACCCUGGGUGCCAGGGCCCGGUUGCAUAAAACGUCCGUAACAACUACGGGUACACGUACGUGCACUCGUAACAUAAGUCAGUUGCAUGAAAUCACUUAAGUGGUCCACUUAGGGAAUUCACUUAAGUGGUUGCACUUACGAUUUUCGUAAGUGUUCACUUAAAUGUCGUUUAUGCAACAGAAAUUGCGGGUGUUGCAUAAAACUUUUUUUACGCGAAAAAUAGCACGUAUAUUUACGGGACCUAUGUAGGUCCCGUAUCGUUACUUUUUUUACUAAAUUUAACGAAAUCUUUUACUGAGAAGUGAAAAAAAGUAUUUUUCUUCACAUAAUUCGUUCUAAUGCGCUUUGUUAACCUCCGAUGUACACUUUCGUGAAAAAAGAAGAAGAACUAUAAUUUUCAGUAGAUAUUGAAGAAAAAUAACGUUUGCAUGCAAAUUUCAUUUUUUGAGGGGCUUAAAAGUGUUCGAAACGGCUUUUAACUUUCUUUACACUCACCGAUGGUUAGCUUAAAAGUAAAGAAUGAGUCAUUAAUAAAGUACUAUAUCAAGGUUACGUGUGCUCUUAAGUGAGCCCGUAAGUUACCACGUAAAACAGAAACUUACGAGAGUGCUAAGUGUGUUCCAUGCAACACCCGUAAGUGUACCCAUAACGGAUUCGUAAGUGACCUACUUAAGUGAGCACUUAAGUACAGGUUUUAUGCAACCGGGCCCUGAGCCUUUUCUAGCGCGGUUUCCGGUUUCUGUCAAGUCUUUUUCUCGCGGCUUCGGCCUUCGGCCAACACCGAAAAUUUCCGCCGCACGCGAGAAAAACCUCUGGUACCCAGGGUAGCGGACACCCACGGGAAGCGAAAAUGGUUUCCGUUACUGCAUGGAGCUGGCCGGCACUACAAUGGUUCUCAAAAGUGGCCACUGGAGUGAAAGGGUUACGUGCCCGCUAACGACGGCUUGCACAACUACAAAUAAACAUUGGAAAUCCAAAACGUAAAACGGGUUUGCUAGUGUUUGGCUAUACAGUUGUUUUGACAAUGCUGUAAUUCGGUCACAAGCAUAAAACUGAAUUGGUAUUUUAAUGAGUGCUUUUAUUGUCUCGGGUACAGGGGGUUCUUCGGUGUCAUCCGCUGGCCAACAAAUCUCCGAAGGCCAACGACACAAGCGGGUCAAUACAAAGGCUUGACGGAAGCCGGAAAUCACGUCAGAUAAGGUCUCUGGCAACCACACCAUACUUCACAAAAGGUAUCGAAGCGGAACAAGCGCUGGCAUAAGAAAGGGAAAAUUAACCAAAAAGCGACUAAUGUAAGCUUAACAACAAGGAAAUAAUCUCUGAAAGAACGUACUCAGUUAAGUCAAAUUCGUACAAAAAUAGUAAAUGUUCCGACAAAAAUAAACAACCAAAAAAUGAAUUUUGUUGGUCGCUGAAACUUCACUUAAGACUCAGAACUGAACCUUAAAAAAACGGUGUCGCUCAGGUCCCGGUUGUUCAUAAGUUGGAUAGCGUUAUCCACCGGAUAAAUCACUAUCCAGCGGAUAAGUAAUGGAGAAACUUCUUGCACUGUCCACGCGGCACUGGAAAGAGAUUUAUCCGGCGGAUAGCGCGAUCCGACCUUUGGACAACUAAGGUCUGGUCUUCCACUUACAUACAACAAAAAUUUCAUGCUCCUAUUCAAAUAAAAAUUGUUUGGGAAGAUCUCCAAAAUUGGUUUUGUUUCAGAAACAAUAAUAUAUUUCCAGUCUAUAGCUUCAAUGUAACAUUAGUAGAGAUAAGAAACAGUAGAAGUAAGUAAGAAACAAACUUUCUCAUUAAACUCCCGAAGACCCGUAUCUUCGAGUUACACAACUUUGCUUCAAUCAAAAGUUGUGAAAAGAAUCAACUAAACUCAUUUGUCAAAAGAGAGCAGAGCAGUUCUUUCUCCACAGAUUCAAAUUUUUUUGUGGCCAACUCGUUAGAGACAUUUUCGGAAAAUGGUGACUGUUUAUUUCUUUUUUCUCCUCUUUAAUAUUUCCCUCACCAUAUUCACUAAUAUUGAAUAAAACUCUGAAAAUUACGAAAUAACAGUGUAGUCUCUCGACAACCGUUGCAAAUUCCCUAAAAACAAACCACACCAUUAUCUAUAAAAAGACUCUGUAACAUCACAACCAUGACGACUAACCUUAUUACAAAACCUUAAACAAUAAACUCGUAGACUAUUAAAAAAGUGAUUCUCUAAGCCCACACAACCAUAGGACUAGAAUAUAAAAACAUUCCCGAUGCCAAUAUCACAGGCAGCGAACUUAAGAAAAAAAAAAGACUUACACUAGUAGGACUCUGUGGCGACCUAUUGAAAGCACACUCACCUUUUCAAAACAAUACAACUCUUAACUUCUACUAAAGCCAACUUAAAUAGUUCAUUCUCUGUGUAUAGCAUGUUCAGACCCUCUCGGACUGGAAAACGAAAAAAUUACCGAUGCUCAGAUCACAGCGUCAACCGAAUUUAACUCUGCACACGGCGCCACCAAUGGCAGACUCAAUUUCAAGGCUGGAGGGGGUAAGACUGGCGCAUGGUCCGCCCGCACAAAUGACGUUCAUCAGUGGCUACAAGUGGAUCUUGGAGCUAAAACCAAGGUGACAGGAAUACAGAUCCAGGGACGACAAGACGCGGAUCAAUGGGUUACGAGCUUUACUAUCUCCUACAGCAGCGACGGCAUCACCUAUACAUCUUAUGAGAACAGCAAGGUAUGGAAAAAAAUGAAAUUGUAGCAAAAGAAACUCAAGAAAAUGACUGAUUAAAUCUCGACUCACUAACAUGAAAGUGUCUUAAAUCUAGGGCCCACAUUCAAAACUUACCAUCGCAGUUACAUCCCACAAGUCACUAACUAGUUUAACCUUAACACUUCUCCAUCAUUUACCUGCUCCAGGUUUUUAAUGGAAACACGGACCGCAACACCGUGGUUUUGAAUGUUUUACACCCUUCCAUAGAUGCACGCUACAUUCGGGUGCAUCCUAAGACGUGGCGUGGCCAUAUUUCUAUGAGGAUGGAACUCUUAGGAUGUCCGUCAGGUACUGACAAUCUUGUUCGCUUUCUUCUUAAUUAACAAACAACUUCCCACUUCCUUUUACCACAGCGGUACACAAUUUACUCGCAUAGUCUUUCGACGACAGUUCACUCCUCUUAUUAUUACGUAGUCAAAGGCCCAAAUAAUUUCUUUUACAAUUAUGUAAUCAAUUUUAUGGAAUGACGUGUUGUGCCUUUAACCUAAGUAUCAUCCAUAGGAAAUACGUGACCUACGAAAAUCAAAAAGGAUCUAUUUUUGAACAAAUGCAAUUUUACAAACAACGCUAUAGCAACAAUGAGACUUCAAAAGAAUUUUUUUGCAUGUGGAACUUUUACAACAAUUUUUCGGACAUUGUGCUGUGAAUGAUAAACCACAGGAAAGUGCAAGUAGGAAUAAAAAUUGCAAGUCCUUAACGCAAUAAUCGUGCAAAAACAAUGGAACAUCAACUAGCACUAUAGUUGUCUAAACAAAUGUAUUCUCUUUGUAUAGCAUGUUCGGACCCUCUCGGGAUGGAGAGCAGAAAAAUAACCGAUGGCCAGAUCACAGCUUCAACGGAAUUCAACUCUGCACACGGCGCCACCAAUGGCAGACUCAAUUUCAAGGCUGGAGGGGGUAAGACUGGCGCGUGGUCCGCCCGCACAAAUGACGUUCAUCAGUGGCUACAAGUGGAUCUUGGAGCUAAAACCGAGGUGACAGGGAUACAGAUCCAGGGACGACAAGAAGCGUAUCAAUGGGUUACGAGCUUUACUAUCUCCUACAGCAGCGACGGCACCACCUAUACAUCUUAUCAGAACAGCAAGGUAUGGAAAAAAAUGAAAUUGUAGCAAGAGAAACUUAAGCAAAUGACUAAUUAAAUCUCGACUCACUGACAUGAAAUUGUCUCAAAUCUCAGGCCCACCUUAAGAAAAAACUUAGCACCACUGUUACACUCCACAAGUCACUAACUAGUUUAAGGUGGCUCCGUGAUUAACACAAGAGCAUUUAGCUGUGACAAAUUUUCCGUCAUAACUUUUUCGAUUUUAACGCGAUGGCUGCGAAACUUUGCAAUUAAGAACAGAUAUCAGUCGGCAAUAAUACGAAAUAUUCCGAUUUCAUUGAUGGUAAGUAUUUCUUGAGAAAUUAGCGCUUAAAAGGACCCUACUGUUCAAAGAAAAUCGCGUCUAGUAAAAAAUUUUGCAUAUAUGUUUUACUGAAAUUUCUGGUAUCGGCCUUAAUUGAUAUAAUAAAUAUGCCAGAGGAAUUUCAGAAAAAUCGUUGGAGCAGAAGUCCGUAACUAAAAGUCGGUCAAAAUUCAGCUGUGAAAUUGUUUUGGAAUUUCAAAAAUAAAUUACUAUCAGGAAGAAGGAGACACCAGUUUCAAUUUUCGGGACAAGCAACUUCAGUGUGUUUCCUAAUUUUGAAAACAGAAGCCGAUUGCCUAUCGUGCUAUUCUUUAAAAGGUACUUUUCAGUUUUAGAAGCACUAUAAAUUGCUCCAAACUUUGCUCUGACAUCGAAUGACUUGUUCCUCGACAUUUUUAAAAUAUCCCUUGGCAGUUUUGGUUUAAACUCCUGCUACAUACAUUUUGAUGUAUUGCAAAGCAUCCCCAACGGCUUUUCCUACUUUACGUUGUUUCCAAUUCAGGAAAAAGGUAUUGGGAUUGUAAGCUACCUAGUAUCGAAGCUCAGAUAGAACUGUCCAGUACCUUUGUUUAUGACCAGAAAAUGAGCACGAGCGGCAGCUCUGCGAGGAAUUCGCACCUCAACCAGGGGGGACGAGUGACAAUGAUGCCCAUGUCUGUGAGCCGAUCUGUAUAAACAUGUAUAAUUGCAGAGCAAAACAUAAUAAUCAAGAAAAAAAUACCCAUUCAUUGAAGGAAGGAGUGACAAAAAGUUGUAAAUUUAUUCACGGGUAGUAUUUUUGCGAUAAUUUUAUUUUGCACUGUGAUGUUAUUUGGUUCACAAGCAUGGUCAUCAUUGUCGUUCGUCCCCCCUGGGUGAGGUGCGAAUUCCACGCAGAACUGCCGCUCGUGCUCAUUUUGUAGUCAUAAACAAAGGUGCUGGACAGUUCUUUCUGAGCUCUGAUACGAGGUAGCGUCCAAUCUCAAUUCUUUUUUCCUGAGUUGGAAGCAACGAACGGCAGUAAAAGUCGUUGAAAAUGCAUGGCAAUACAUCAAAAUGUAUGCAGCAGGAGUUUGAGCCAAAAUUGCCAAGGGAUAUUUUAAAACUGUUGACGAACAAGUCAUUCUACUUCAGAGCAAGGUUUGGAGCAAUUUAUAGUUCUUCUAAAACUAAAAAGUACCUUUCAAAGAAUAGCACGAUAGGCAAUCGGCUUUUGCUUUAAGAAUUAGCAAGCGUUGAAUUUACUUGUCCCGAAAAUUCAAACUGGUGGCUCCUUCUACCUGAUAGUAAUUUAUUUUUGAAAUUCCAAAACAAUUUCACAGCUGAAUUUUGACCGGCUUUUAGUUACGGACUUCUGCUGCAACGAUUUUUCUGAAAUUCCUCUGGCAUAUUUAUUAUAUCAAUUAAAGUCGAUACCAGAAAUUUCAGUAAAAAAUAUCAGCAAAAUUUUUUACUAGACGCGAUUUUCUUUGAACAGUAGGGUCUUUUUAAGCACUAAUUUCUCAAGAAAUAUUUACCAUCAGUGAAAUCGGAAUAUUUUGUGUUAUUACCGAAUGAUAUCUGUUGUUAAUUGCAAAGUUUCGCAGCCAUCGCGUUAAAAACCAAAAAGUUAUGACGGAAAAUUUGUCACAGUUAAAUGCUCUUGUAUUAAUUACGGAGCCACCUUAACCUUAACACUUCUCCAUCAUUUCCCUGCUCCAGGUUUUUAAUGGAAACACAGACCGCAACACCGUGGUUUUGAACGUUUUGCACCCUUCCAUAGAUGCACGCUACAUUCGGGUGCAUCCUAAGACGUGGCGUGGCCAUAUAUCUAUGAGGAUGGAACUUUUAGGAUGUCCGUCAGGUACUAAUAUUUUCGUUUUUAUUUUCUUUGCAAUAAACAAACUGGUUUCCACUUAAUCUACAAAAGCGCAAAACUAUGUCCUCGCACACUCAUUCAACUACAGUUCGGUCUUAAUGGUCUUGGACAAUUCAAAGAGCCGAAUAUGCAAUCAAUUUGACAGCAAAACCUAUUAUCCCCUUACCUUAUCAUAAUUACAAAAGAUAGGGGCUUCAAAAAUUAAAAGGGAAUUACUUACAAACUCAUGCAAUUUUACAAACAACCCUUCAGCAACAAUACUGAACUGUGUUUUAAGUGAAGUCUUAAACUUUCGGUGACUUUUCUACACCGUGAUAUGAAAAAUACGCCAAAAACAUAAACAAGUAGGCAUCCAAAUUCAAGUCCAAAAAUCAGCUAUCAUUAUAACCUUGUAAAACACUCUCCCUCAGCAAGAAAAAAGGGCUAAUUCUUUCGACACUUGACCCUACCACAUAUACUCAACACACGCAUCCGCUCAAAAACAAUUAGCUUAAACUUCCACUAUUGUCCCUUAAAAUAAUAAUGUCUUCUCUGUGCAUAGCAUGUUUCAAUCCCCUCGGGAUGGAGAGCAGAAAAAUAACUGAUGGCCAGAUCCAAGCUUCAACCGAAUUCAACUCUGCACACGGCGCCACCAAUGGCAGACUCAAUUUCAAGGCUGGAGGGGGUAAGACUGGCGCAUGGUCAGCCCGCACAAAUGACGUUCAUCAGUGGCUACAAGUGGAUCUUGGAGCUAAAACCGAGGUGACAGGGAUACAGAUCCAGGGACGACAAGAAGCGUAUCAAUGGGUUACGAGCUUUACUAUCUCCUACAGCAGCGACGGCACCACCUAUACAUCUUAUCAGAACAGCAAGGUAUGGAAAAAAAUGAAAUUGUAGCAAGAGAAACUUAAGCAAAUGACUAAUUAAAUGUCGACUCACUGACAUGAAAUUGUCUCAAAUCUCAGGCCCACAUUAAAAAAAAAACUUAGCAGUACUGUUACACUCCACAAGUCACUAACUAGUUUAACCUUAACACUUCUCCAUCAUUUACCUGCUCCAGGUUUUUACUGGAAACACGGACCGCAACACCGUGGUUUUGAACGUUUUGCACCCUUCCAUAGAUGCACGCUACAUUCGGGUGCAUCCUAAGACGUGGAAUAGCCAUAUAUCUAUGAGGAUGGAACUUUUAGGAUGUCCGUCAGGUACUAAUAUUUCCGUUUUUAUUUUCUUUUCAAAAAAACUAACUGGUUUCCACUUAAUCUACAAAAGCGCAAAACUAUCUCCUCGCACACUCAUUCAACUACAGUUCGGUCUUAAUGGUCUUGGACAAUUCAAAGAGCCGAAUAUGCAAUCAAUUUGACAGCAAAACCUAUUAUCCCCUUACCUUAUCAUAAUUACAAAAGAUAGGGGCUUCAAAAAUUAAAAGGGAAUUACUUACAAACUCAUGCAAUUUUACAAACAACCCUUCAGCAACAAUACUGAACUGUGUUUUACGUGAGGUCUUAAACUUUCGGUGACUUUUCUACACCGUGAUAUGAAAAAUACGCCAAAAACAUAAAAAAGUAGGCAUCCAAAUUCAAGUCCAAAAAUCAGCUAUCAUUAUAACCUUGUAAAACACUCUCCCUCAGCAAGAAAAAAGGGCUAAUUCUUUCGACACUUGACCCUACCACAUAUACUCAACACACGCAUCCGCUCAAAAACAAUUAGCUUAAACUUCCACUAUUGUCCCUUAAAAUAAUAAUGUCUUCUCUGUGCAUAGCAUGUUUCAACCCCCUCGGGAUGGAGAGCAGAAAAAUAACUGAUGGCCAGAUCAAAGCUUCAACCGAAUUCAACUCUGCACACGGCGCCACCAAUGGCAGACUCAAUUUCAAGGCUGGAGGGGGUAAGACUGGCGCAUGGUCAGCCCGCACAAAUGACGUUCAUCAGUGGCUACAGGUGGAUCUUGGAGCUAAAACCGAGGUGACAGGGAUACAGAUCCAGGGACGACAAGAAGCGUAUCAAUGGGUUACGAGCUUUACUAUCUCCUACAGCAGCGACGGCACCACGUAUACAUCUUAUCAGAACAGCAAGGUAUGGAAAAAAAAUGAAAUUGUAGCAAGGGAAACUUAAGCAAAUGACUAAUUAAAUCUCGACUCACUGACAUGAAAUUGUCUCAAAUCUCAGGCCCACAAUAAAAAAAAAACUUAGCAGUACUGUUACACUCCACAAGUCACUAACUAGUUUAACCUUAACACUUCUCCAUCAUUUACCUGCUCCAGGUUUUUACUGGAAACACGGACCGCAACACCGUGGUUUUGAACGUUUUGCACCCUUCCAUAGAUGCACGCUACAUUCGGGUGCAUCCUAAGACGUGGAAUAGCCAUAUAUCUAUGAGGAUGGAACUUUUAGGAUGUCCGUCAGGUACUAAUAUUUCCGUUUUUAUUUUCUUUUCAAAAAAACUAACUGGUUUCCACUUAAUCUACAAAAGCGCAAAACUAUCUCCUCGCACACUCAUUCAACUACAGUUCGGUCUUAAUGGUCUUGGACAAUUCAAAGAGCCGAAUAUGCAAUCAAUUUGACAGCAAAACCUAUUAUCCCCUUACCUUAUCAUAAUUACAAAAGAUAGGGGCUUCAAAAAUUAAAAGGGAAUUACUUACAAACUCAUGCAAUUUUACAAACAACCCUUCAGCAACAAUACUGAACUGUGUUUUACGUGAGGUCUUAAACUUUCGGUGACUUUUCUACACCGUGAUAUGAAAAAUACGCCAAAACAUAAAAAAGUAGGCAUCCAAAUUCAAGUCCAAAAAUCAGCUAUCAUUAUAACCUUGUAAAACACUCUCCCUCAGCAAGAAAAAAAGGGCUAAUUCUUUCGACACUUGACCCUACCACAUAUACUCAACACACGCAUCCGCUCAAAAACAAUUAGCUUAAACUUCCACUAUUGUCCCUUAAAAUAAUAAUGUCUUCUCUGUGCAUAGCAUGUUUCAAUCCCCUCGGGAUGGAGAGCAGAAAAAUAACUGAUGGCCAGAUCCAAGCUUCAACCGAAUUCAACUCUGCACACGGCGCCACCAAUGGCAGACUCAAUUUCAAGGCUGGAGGGCGUAAGACUGGCGCGUGGUCCGCCCGCACAAAUGACGUUCAUCAGUGGCUACAAGUGGAUCUUGGAGCUAAAACCGAGGUGACAGGAAUACAGAUCCAGGGACGACAAGAAGCGUAUCAAUGGGUUACGAGCUUUACUAUCUCCUACAGCAGCGACGGCACCACGUAUACAUCUUAUCAGAACAGCAAGGUAUGGAAAAAAAUGAAAUUGUAGCAAGAGAAACUUAAGCAAAUGACUAAUUAAAUGUCGACUCACUGACAUGAAAUUGUCUCAAAUCUCAGGCCCACAUUAAAAAAAAAACUUAGCAGUACUGUUACACUCCACAAGUCACUAACUAGUUUAACCUUAACACUUCUCCAUCAUUUACCUGCUCCAGGUUUUUACUGGAAACACGGACCGCAACACCGUGGUUUUGAACGUUUUGCACCCUUCCAUAGAUGCACGCUACAUUCGGGUGAAUCCUAAGACGUGGAAUAGCCAUAUAUCUAUGAGGAUGGAACUUUUAGGAUGUCCGUCAGGUACUAAUAUUUCCGUUUUUAUUUUCUUUUCAAAAAAAAAAACUAACUGGUUUCCACUUAAUCUACAAAAGCGCAAAACUAUCUCCUCGCACACUCAUUCAACUACAGUUCGGUCUUAAUGGUCUUGGACAAUUCAAAGAGCCGAAUAUGCAAUCAAUUUGACAGCAAAACCUAUUAUCCCCUUACCUUAUCAUAAUUACAAAAGAUAGGGGCUUCAAAAAUUAAAAGGGAAUUACUUACAAACUCAUGCAAUUUUACAAACAACCCUUCAGCAACAAUACUGAACUGUGUUUUUACGUGAGGUCUUAAACUUUCGGUGACUUUUCUACACCGUGAUAUGAAAAAUACGCCAAAAACAUAAAAAAGUAGGCAUCCAAAUUCAAGUCCAAAAAUCAGCUAUCAUUAUAACCUUGUAAAACACUCUCCCUCAGCAAGAAAAAAGGGCUAAUUCUUUCGACACUUGACCCUACCACAUAUACUCAACACACGCAUCCGCUCAAAAACAAUUAGCUUAAACUUCCACUAUUGUCCCUUAAAAUAAUAAUGUCUUCUCUGUGCAUAGCAUGUUUCAAUCCCCUCGGGAUGGAGAGCAGAAAAAUAACUGAUGGUCAGAUCCAAGCUUCAACCGAAUUCAACUCUGCACACGGCGCCACCAAUGGCAGACUCAAUUUCAAGGCUGGAGGGGGUAAGACUGGCGCGUGGUCCGCCCGCACAAAUGACGUUCAUCAGUGGCUACAAGUGGAUCUUGGAGCUAAAACCGAGGUGACAGGAAUACAGAUCCAGGGACGACAAGAAGCGUAUCAAUGGGUUACGAGCUUUACUAUCUCCUACAGCAGCGACGGCACCACGUAUACAUCUUAUCAGAACAGCAAGGUAUGGAAAAAAAUGAAAUUGUAGCAAGAGAAACUUAAGCAAAUGACUAAUUAAAUGUCGACUCACUGACAUGAAAUUGUCUCAAAUCUCAGGCCCACAUUAAAAAAAAAACUUAGCAGUACUGUUACACUCCACAAGUCACUAACUAGUUUAACCUUAACACUUCCCAUCGUUUACCUGCUCCAGGUUUUUACUGGAAACACGGACCGCAACACCGUGGUUUUGAACGUUUUGCACCCUUCCAUAGAUGCACGCUACAUUCGGGUGAAUCCUAAGACGUGGAAUAGCCAUAUAUCUAUGAGGAUGGAACUUUUAGGAUGUCCGUCAGGUACUAAUAUUUCCGUUUUUAUUUUCUUUUCAAAAAAACUAACUGGUUUCCACUUAAUCUACAAAAGCGCAAAACUAUCUCCUCGCACACUCAUUCAACUACAGUUCGGUCUUAAUGGUCUUGGACAAUUCAAAGAGCCGAAUAUGCAAUCAAUUUGACAGCAAAACCUAUUAUCCCCUUACCUUAUCAUAAUUACAAAAGAUAGGGGCUUCAAAAAUUAAAAGGGAAUUACUUACAAACUCAUGCAAUUUUACAAACAACCCUUCAGCAACAAUACUGAACUGUGUUUUACGUGAGGUCUUAAACUUUCGGUGACUUUUCUACACCGUGAUAUGAAAAAUACGCCAAAAACAUAAAAAAGUAGGCAUCCAAAUUCAAGUCCAAAAAUCAGCUAUCAUUAUAACCUUGUAAAACACUCUCCCUCAGCAAGAAAAAAGGGCUAAUUCUUUCGACACUUGACCCUACCACAUAUACUCAACACACGCAUCCGCUCAAAAACAAUUAGCUUAAACUUCCACUAUUGUCCCUUAAAAUAAUAAUGUCUUCUCUGUGCAUAGCAUGUUUCAAUCCCCUCGGGAUGGAGAGCAGAAAAAUAACUGAUGGCCAGAUCCAAGCUUCAACCGAAUUCAACUCUGCACACGGCGCCACCAAUGGCAGACUCAAUUUCAAGGCUGGAGGGCGUAAGACUGGCGCGUGGUCCGCCCGCACAAAUGACGUUCAUCAGUGGCUACAAGUGGAUCUUGGAGCUAAAACCGAGGUGACAGGAAUACAGAUCCAGGGACGACAAGAAGCGUAUCAAUGGGUUACGAGCUUUACUAUCUCCUACAGCAGCGACGGCACCACGUAUACAUCUUAUCAGAACAGCAAGGUAUGGAAAAAAAUGAAAUUGUAGCAAGAGAAACUUAAGCAAAUGACUAAUUAAAUGUCGACUCACUGACAUGAAAUUGUCUCAAAUCUCAGGCCCACAUUAAAAAAAAAAAAAAAACUUAGUACUGUUACACUCCACAAGUCACUAACUAGUUUAACCUUAACACUUCUCCAUCAUUUACCUGCUCCAGGUUUUUACUGGAAACACGGACCGCAACACCGUGGUUUUGAACGUUUUGCACCCUUCCAUAGAUGCACGCUACAUUCGGGUGAAUCCUAAGACGUGGAAUAGCCAUAUAUCUAUGAGGAUGGAACUUUUAGGAUGUCCGUCAGGUACUAAUAUUUCCGUUUUUAUUUUCUUUUCAAAAAAACUAACUGGUUUCCACUUAAUCUACAAAAGCGCAAAACUAUCUCCUCGCACACUCAUUCAACUACAGUUCGGUCUUAAUGGUCUUGGACAAUUCAAAGAGCCGAAUAUGCAAUCAAUUUGACAGCAAAACCUAUUAUCCCCUUACCUUAUCAUAAUUACAAAAGAUAGGGGCUUCAAAAAUUAAAAGGGAAUUACUUACAAACUCAUGCAAUUUUACAAACAACCCUUCAGCAACAAUACUGAACUGUGUUUUACGUGAGGUCUUAAACUUUCGGUGACUUUUCUACACCGUGAUAUGAAAAAUACGCCAAAAACAUAAAAAGUAGGCAUCCAAAUUCAAGUCCAAAAAUCAGCUAUCAUUAUAACCUUGUAAAACACUCUCCUCAGCAAGAAAAAAAAAAGCUAAUUCUUUCGACACUUGACCCUACCACAUAUACUCAACACACGCAUCCGCUCAAAACAAUUAGCUUAAACUUCCACUAUUGUCCCUUAAAAUAAUAAUGUCUUCUCUGUGCAUAGCAUGUUUCAAUCCCCUCGGGAUGGAGAGCAGAAAAAUAACUGAUGGCCAGAUCCAAGCUUCAACCGAAUUCAACUCUGCACACGGCGCCACCAAUGGCAGACUCAAUUUCAAGGCUGGAGGGGGUAAGACUGGCGCGUGGUCCGCCCGCACAAAUGACGUUCAUCAGUGGCUACAAGUGGAUCUUGGAGCUAAAACCGAGGUGACAGGAAUACAGAUCCAGGGACGACAAGAAGCGUAUCAAUGGGUUACGAGCUUUACUAUCUCCUACAGCAGCGACGGCACCACCUAUACAUCUUAUCAGAACAGCAAGGUAUGGAAAAAAAUGAAAUUGUAGCAAGAGAAACUUAAGCAAAUGACUAAUUAAAUGUCGACUCACUGACAUGAAAUUGUCUCAAAUCUCAGGCCCACAUUAAAAAAAAACUUAGCAGUACUGUUACACUCCACAAGUCACUAACUAGUUUAACCUUAACACUUCUCCAUCAUUUACCUGCUCCAGGAUUUUACUGGAAACACGGACCGCAACACCGUGGUUUUGAACGUUUUGCACCCUUCCAUAGAUGCACGCUACAUUCGGGUGAAUCCUAAGACGUGGAAUAGCCAUAUAUCUAUGAGGAUGGAACUUUUAGGAUGUCCGUCAGGUACUAAUAUUUCCGUUUUUAUUUUCUUUUCAAAAAAACUAACUGGUUUCCACUUAAUCUACAAAAGCGCAAAACUAUCUCCUCGCACACUCAUUCAACUACAGUUCGGUCUUAAUGGUCUUGGACAAUUCAAAGAGCCGAAUAUGCAAUCAAUUUGACAGCAAAACCUAUUAUCCCCUUACCUUAUCAUAAUUACAAAAGAUAGGGGCUUCAAAAAUUAAAAGGGAAUUACUUACAAACUCAUGCAAUUUUACAAACAACCCUUCAGCAACAAUACUGAACUGUGUUUUACGUGAGGUCUUAAACUUUCGGUGACUUUUCUACACCGUGAUAUGAAAAAAUACGCCAAAAACAUAAAAAAGUAGGCAUCCAAAUUCAAGUCCAAAAAUCAGCUAUCAUUAUAACCUUGUAAAACACUCUCCUCAGCAAGAAAAAAAGGCUAAUUCUUUCGACACUUGACCCUACCACAUAUACUCAACACACGCAUCCGCUCAAAAACAAUUAGCUUAAACUUCCACUAUUGUCCCUUAAAAUAAUAAUGUCUUCUCUGUGCAUAGCAUGUUUCAAUCCCCUCGGGAUGGAGAGCAAAAAUAACUGA